AAUCCCUAAUUCCCAAUGGCCUUCGAUUCCGAUGAGGAUUUAUCCGGCAACGAUUCUGAUGACGGCUUCCAAGAAGACAUGGAAGCGCUCAAGAAAGCUUGUCUUUUCGCCGGCACGGACGCCGACGACCUCCAACCUUCAUCUUCCACCGGCGAUGUUGCCGGUGGCCACGUCGCCGAUGGUGAUGAUAUAACGCCCUAUGGUUCAGACGCCAACGACGAUGACAUUGCGUUCGUACGUGGGUUACAAGAGCGAUUUGCCCUAUCAACGGAGCUUCGCGAGCCUAUAAGUUUGAAACCAUUGUGCUCUAUUUUUCCACCUGGCUCAGAGGGUGAUGAAGAGAAUGAUUUAGAAACCUUACGUGCUAUUGAGCGCCGUUUUGCGGCCUACGAUGAUGAUUCUGGGAAUAGAAGAAAGGAGAGUCCUUUAGAUAAAUUUGAGCAGGUUGGUGUCACUAACAUAUCCUCGGAAAAGGAAACUUCCAAUAAUUUCUUUGUAGAGAGAACUAAUGCUGAGGAAGGGUUUCCCGCUUGUGUAGAUAGAACCAUACAGAUUUCUGAAGGAUGCAGUAAUGACGUUGCUAGUUCUCAGAAUCUCACUGAGGGGCAUGAUUCUGGUGCUGAAACCAUAGCAGCAUCAGUUAAUUCUUCUUGCUUACCAAAAUCAGCACAUGCAUUUCUUGAUGCCAUAAGGAAGAAUAGGUCUUGUCAGAAAGUUAUGCGGGAUAAGAUGAUGCAAACUGAAGCAAGAUUGGAAGAGUUGAAAAAAUUGACGGAGCGGGUCAAGAUCCUUAAGAGCUUUCAGCUCACAUGCAAAAAGAGAAUGGGUCGGGCCUUGUCACAGAAAAGAGAUGCUCGUGUCCAGUUAAUUUCUUUGCCAAAGCAAAGGUUCAGUGCAAAGGGAAAGAAGUUAUCUGCAACACAUUGUGGACCUCCUGAGAAUUCUCAUGUUGCUAGCUAUAGGGAGGCAUUGACACAUUUUGCUGUCUCAUUGAGUCGCAAGGAGUGGUCCAAGGAAGAGAGUGAAAAUCUUGCGAAAGGAGUGAAACAGCAAUUUCAAGAGAUGUUACUUCAACGCUCGGUCAAUCUUCUAAGUGAUGAGGAUGGAUGUUCUAGAGAAUCUGGUGAUCUUGAUGAUGUCAUUGCCUCAAUCAGAGACCUCGCAAUUACCCCCGAGACCAUGAGGUUAUUUCUACCCAAGGUCAAUUGGGAUCAAGUAGCUUCCAUGUAUCUUCCUGGUCGUUCUGGUGCUGAAUGCCAAUCAAGGUGGUUGAACUGGGAAGACCCCUUAAUUAAACAUGAAGGAUGGGAUUUAUUAGAAGAAAAGAACCUAUUGCAAGCUGUCCAGCAGAAAAAAAUGAGUAACUGGGUUGAUAUUUCUACAUCAUUAGGAGUAUGUAGGACUCCAUUUCAGUGCUUAUCACAUUAUCAGAGGAGUUUGAAUGCUUCAAUCAUUAGGCGGGAAUGGACAGAUGAGGAGGAUAUUAGACUCUCUGCUGCUGUGGAGACUUUUGGUGAGAGCAAUUGGCAGUUUGUUGCUUCUGUCAUUGAAGGUCGGACAGGUACUCAGUGCUCCAAUAGGUGGAUUAAAUCUAUUCAUCCAGCAAUGAAAAGGUGCGGGAAAUGGAGUGCUGAUGAAGAUAAGCGAUUGAAAGUUGCUGUGAUGCUUUUUUAUCCUAAAACUUGGAGGAAUGUAGUUCAAUCUGUGCCUUGGCGAACUCCAAUUUGGAAGAAGGUUGCUCAAUAUGUACCUGGGCGGACUCAUGUACAAUGUAGAGAAAGAUGGGUCAAUAGCUUAGAUCCUUCUUUGAAGUUGGAUGAGUGGACAGAAGAGGAGGAUUUGAAGUUAAAAUCAGCCAUUGAUGAACAUGGAUAUUCCUGGUCCAAGGUUGCUGCAUGCAUUCCUCCACGUACUGACAAUCAGUGUCGCAGGAGAUGGAUUGUGCUAUUUCCAGAUGAAGUUUCUAUGCUGAAAGAAGCUAAAAAGAUACGACGAGAAGCUUUUAUUUCCAACUUCGUUGACAGGGAGGAUGAAAGACCUGCCCUUAGACCCAAUGUCAUAGUUCCGACACAGAAACUUAGUUCUAGAGCUGGAUGUGAAACUACUUCUGCGAAUAAAAAGAGGAAACUACGGCCCAGAGCAACAAGGGAUGAUAUGGCUCCUAGGUGUGAUGCAAUGUGUGAAAUGGAGAAGCGACAUGCAGAGGGGAGUGAGGGUCCAGAGUCUUCUGAUCUUAUAAACAGCAGUUUGUUACCUUCUAGAGACCAGGGUUGUAAUGAUGCAAUAAAGAAUAAAAGAACGUCUAAACUGCGUCCUAGAAAGACAAAAAAAUCUACACCAAAUGAUAAGGUUCCAGAGGCUUCUGCUUCCAGUGAGUCUACUAUUGCAGAUGGCAAUAUCUGCAAGAGGAGGAGGAGGAGUAUCAGUUCACUGGUGAAGAAAAAGAGUAGAACUGUCCCCUCUGCUUCCAGUACAGUUGAAUCUACUACUGCAGAUGGCAAUAUCUGCAAGAGGAGGAGGAGAGCCAGUUCGUUAGUGAAGAGUAGAGAGAGUUCAUCAUCUUUGCCAAAUCUGUCUUCGUCAAUGGCAGUUGUUGAAGAGGCUGAGUCACUUGUUCAAGACAGCAGGAAUGCCAAGAAUGCUAUGGAUAAAUGCCAUCCCGCAAGUGAAUAUGAUGAUCCCUGUAUUAGCCCUCAAGGUCCUCCAUUGGCACAUCCACACUUGGAUAAAGGGACAGCUGAUCUCAAUGUUGGUGAGAAUGAAAAUGGCUCUACAACAGGGUUCCAGGAUAACUCUUUACUUUUUCAAAGGAAUGCUGUUGUGUGCACUGAUGAAAAUGCUAGUCAGUUAGAAGCAUCUGCAACACCUGGCACUCAGGAAGGUGUGAAUUAUGGAGCUUCCGUCUGUCAUAAGCUUAAUGAAUGCAGUCAAUUGGAGAAUAAUGUCAAGUCUUCCUUAGAUAAUCUACCGCAAACAGCAGAUGACUGCAUGACCCUUGCUUCUUUUGUCCGUAAAUCGCGAGCAAAGGUAAGUUCAUCGUCUUCUACUAAGGUUGUCAGGUUGCAUCCGGGCAAAGCUCAAAGUAAAGCUAUGGCUGGAGAUCACUCUAGCAGAUCUUGUAUAUCUGGUGGUCAUGAUGGGAUGGAGAAGAGAAGUAAACAAGAAUGCACCAGUUCCAAUCAGAUAUCAGGGACUGAAGUAGAGGAUGACAUGCCCCUCUCUUCUUUCAUGGGCAGAGUGAGGAAAAGGGAGUGUACUGAAGUAGGGGAUGACAUGCCUCUCUCUCUCUUUAUGGGCAGAUUGAAAAGAGAGCAAUGCUAAUUUUUUUUUUAUAGAUUUCCAAGGCUGCUUAUUAUUCUCUGAAGCUAUGGUAAGGGCCCAAACUGAUUUAUCCUAUCUUCAUCUUGGAUGCAUACAUCUACAUUGCACAAAAAUUUUCAGGUUGCUGGGGGGAAACUAAUGAGGUUCACUUGUAUAGGCGAUCGCGAUUGGGAAAGUUUUCUCUAUUUCCUGCUGGAUGCAUGAGUUAUAAAUUGCUCUAAUGUAUUUUUGUUCUUCAAAUUCAAAAGCCAUUCUUUCUAAUACUAAUGGGAGAGCUCUGAAGACGUGGUUUGUGGGGGUACUGAAUAGGCACUUUUUUCCUGUGUCAGUAUUACUGUAAAAUUUUGUACCUUCGCACUGCGAUGAAUGUUUUUGUAAUCUAUAGCAUACUAUUACCAUAUGGUUACAAUUUUGGUUUGACAUACAUGUGUAUUUUGCUAUGAUCUUAAUGCGUAUCCUUUGGUUGGUUACAUUGUUUAAGUACUAGUUUUAAGG